AUGCGCAUUGCGGUGGCAUUCCCUUCCAUUCUCCUCCUGUCAGUCACUCUGUCUCUGGUUGAUGCGAAGUUCAACAGACCCUCCCAGUACAUCCUCUACAAGGCUGGGCCCACUCCUCAUCACUAUGUCCAUGGGAAGCCCACCAGCAGGCACAAGUGAGUACUCGUUCUGAACAUAAACUGGGCUGUUCCCUCUGGGGAGGGGGCACUGGAGAUUAGCUCCGUUUUUGAUGCUCAGUUAAAGCUGAUUAUCUUACUCUGUAGCAGUCUGUUUUUGUUUAAUUUCAAUAUCCAAGCCAGUUAGAAAUGCAAGAGGGUUUUUAGGUUUAGAAAAAGGUGCAAGUGUAAGAAUAUUAUCUAAAGUGUGUGAUCUCUUUCUCUCAUUCUUUUCUCUCUGACAGAAACCACUGUGCCUAUGUUGUUGAGAAGACUGUGUCAUUCACCAUGCAGGAUGGGGUAGCUCCUUAUGUCAAAGCUCAGUACAACAAGUGUGCCUGGGGUCAGAAGUGUCCAACCCUCAUGUGAGUUAAUCUCCAUAAUUGAUACUACAUGAUAAAACUAUUACAGAUUGUAUCAUAAAUAGGCCUACUACCUCCACAAUUACUACUGUUACGAUGAGGACUACUGCUGUAAAACUGCUGUAAAAACAACAACUAUUAUUGUUUCUACUGCUCUUGCCAUAUGAAAAGGGGAUGAAAACAGGGCUGUAACUUUUCCUCUCACCAUUCACAGGUGUCAGCUUUGUAGUUGCUUGUGCUUAUGUUGUUUCUUUCAUUAACCCUCAGGUACCAUCUGAUGUACAAGCCUGUCUAUAAAGUUGCACAUAAGACUCUCACUGAGCUGGAAUGGCGCUGCUGUCCAGGAUACUCUGGUUACCGCUGCAUGGAGGGACCCCCAGCCUACCAACACCCAAUUAAGGCGAUGCCUCCAUUCAAGGGCCCACCGUUCAAAGGCCCACCCAUUAAAAGAAACCCCUGGAGUCAGACCAAGGGCCCUCCACCCAUGAAAUCGUACCCAAUGCUUACCAAGGGCCCUCCCAUGAAGGGACCUCCUCCUAUGAAGUCCUACCCAGUGAAAGCAAAAGGCCCUCCUCCCAGCAAUGUCAAGACCUACCUUAUACGUCACUUUGGGCCUCCUCUGACCCACCCCUCCUACCCAGGGUCCUCUUUCGAGCCUUACCCCUUUGGGCCACAGCGCCACCACCAGCCAGACCACCACGAGGGGCCAGACCAUCACCAGCCUGAACUAGACCACCAGGGGCAAGACCACCACCAACCUGAACUAGACCACCAGGGGUCAGACCACGACCAGCCUGAACCAGACCACCAGGGGUCAGACCAUCACCAGCCUGAACUAGACCACCAGGGGCCAGACCACCAACAGCCUGAACCAGACCACCACCGGCCAGACCACCACGAGCCGGACCAUCACCAGCCUGAACCAGACCAGCAGGGGCCAGACCACCAGGAGCCAGACCAUCACCAGCCUGAACCAGAUCUGGAGCCAAACCAUCACCAGCAGCCUGGACCAGAUCAUCCUGAUCACCCAGACCACACUGAUCAUCCUUAUCACUCAGAGCUGGAGCCCGUCACUGAUGAAACAGCUCCCCCUGCUGGCAGCCAAGAAAUCGAUGGUGCGACAGGGAGUGUUAUUCCAAUGUAUAUUCAGUACUGCAACACAACAUGAAUUUUACAUACAGUAUUAAUUCGAUUCUAACAUUGUGUUCUCUACUGCUGGCUUUAAAGUUAUUAUCUACAUGUAUCUAGAGUGCCUAACUGUCCUGAAAUUCCAUUGAUUUUGGCAACAUUCUUCAAAGACUUUAUGCAGAAAAAUAGUUCUUAAAAUUAGCACUUAUUCUUACAUUACAUUUUCCUUCGCUCUGUACUCUUGUAAGUAUGAUUGUGUCUGUAACAUUCUUCUCCCCUCUGUAGGCCAGCCUCUGGACACAGUGGACAGUGAGUCUGCUGAGCGUCUGGACCGGAUGGAGGAGGACGUGCGGAGGCUGUCCCAGGGUCUGGAGACACUGAGGGGGACGGUGAACGGACUCGAGGACGGCCUGCGCGCCUCACUAUGGGAGGACGCCAACAGGAUGCUCUCCACCCUGCUGACUGCAGCACCAGGCCCUGUCCCUGCCCCCGCUCUGUCCUCUUCCCCCCACUCCACUGUAGGCUUUGCAGACAUCCCUGGAGGGGACCCCAAUGCAGAGGGGCUGGAUGGGGGCCAGGCUUUCCCAGGGUUGGGCGAGCUGACAGGGAGGGUUGAGGAGCUCCGGACUGAGCUGCAGGCCAAGGCUGCUGAAAUGGAGGAGCUGAGAGGCAGUGUGAUCAGGCAUGACGGAACACUCAAGAAGAUGUCAGGCGGUGCGGAUAGCUUGACAGGGACCCGAACGAGAGACACCCAGAAGGCAAUGGAGGAUCUGGUGGACGCCAAGCUGGGCGGGGCCCGGACAGAGAUCCUGGGUGAGUUUGAGAAGCGUGUCGAGAGCGCAGAGAGCCGCUGUGAGGAGAGGGCCAGGGAGGUGAGUCAACAGUGCCACAGGGAGCAGCAGGAGAGGCAGGAUCUGAUGGAGCUGGCCCUGGAGGGCAGCACCACAGGGCUUAGGAAGGAGCUGGGACACCUGCAAACUCAGAUCCAGGGACAUGACCUGACAGAGGGCUGCUGUGGUAGAGUCACUGGCCUAGGUGAGAGGGUGCAUCUGCUGGAACAGUUGGUGGCAGGGCUCAACCAGUCCCAGGGGCACCUGAGGGUGGAGCUGGGUGGGCACAAGGACCAUGUAGAGGGCAUGCUGGAGGGGCGGCUGGAGUACGUGGAGGCCAAGCUCAACCUGACUGAAAGUGGAAAGAUCAGGGGUGGGAGCGCUGGCAGCAGUGGUAAUGGUGGGGUCCAGGGCAGCAGCUCAGAGGGAGAGGUCUGGGCAGGCAGCCUGGAGGCCCGUCUGGAGGGGAAGCUGAAGGCUCUGGAGGGUCGUCUGCUGACAGCUGUGGAGGAGCUGGGGAACGCUACGGCCCCCGCCUUGCUGGAGGGCCACGCCAUGCCCACGCUGGAGACAGAGGUGGAGUCAUUCAGGAGGAGGCUGGAGGUGGACAUGGACAGAGUGCAGAAACAGCUGAGCGGCCUGGAACUCCUCUGCACCUCCUCCUCUCAGCCUCUCCAGGGAGACAAAGCCACAUCAAACACUCACAGGGUGGAGGAGGAGAAGACAGGAGGAGGAGAGGAGAAGGGUCUCCUGGACGUGCAGAAUAACCGUCUGAACAGCCUUAAUGUCACCCUGCAGAGCCUCCUGACCAGACUGUCCCAGAGGGAGGACCACCAGGAGGGAGAAGAGGGGAGCUCAGUCCAGGGUGAAAUCAUGCUGCUCAAGUUCAACGCCCGCUCCAUGAACCACACCCUGAAGGACCUGAAGGACUCUGUAGGGUUGGUGGUCCGGGAUGUGGGGCACGCCAACACCACCUGGCAGGAGCGGGAGGAGCGCCUGGCCCAGCAGGUGAAGGGCGUGGUGCAGCUGUUGGGGCGCCAGGCCUCCAUGUUGGGGGUGGGUGAGAGGAGGCUGACCCGGCUGAAGGGAGAGCUCCAGGAGUUGAGGAGGCGGCUGGCCGGGGAGGUGCAGGGCUGCCGCUCCACCACGCUUGGAGUCCAAAAGGAGGUGGUGGAGGUUGGGGGCCGCGUGGCCAGCGUGGAGGGCCAGUGUAAGGGCUUCAGUCACCUGGCAGAGGAUCUGGAGAGGAUCAGGGCGGAGCUGGAGAGGCAGUCAGAUGGAUACCUGUCCCAGGUCAAUGGCACCCUCACUAAUCAUGCUCACCAGCUGUCUGAGCUGAGACAGGAACUCAGGAACUGCACGUCAAAUGCAGAGCCCACCCAGCAGAGCCUGUACCUCCUAGAGCCAGAACAGUUAAGAGGAGACCAGUAA